UUCUAGGUGUUGGCUGCCAAUUGUAGAGUGCAAAUGAAAAGUUACGGAUUGGUUUUCGUUACAAUUUUCAGUUACAUGUGUAUUAAAAUCUGAAUCUAUCGACGGAAAUUUGGUUUUUCUUGUUAAAGUUGACGUUGCGUUUCAGCAUUAUACGCAGCGGUGGUGGUGCAAAAAUUGCGAUUUUGGUGUACAAAAAAGCAAAAGAAGAAUAUCCAACCAACAGAAGCAAGAAAGCAAUCGAAAGGACGGGCAACAUAAAUGCUGUUUCUCGACGCACGACACUCUUUUAACAACAUACAAAGUUGAUCGAAAGGAUUUCGAACACAACAGUUUUCAUAGUCGUAUUUGAGACACAUACUAAAGAGCAAGCGGAGGAGCAGAGGCAGGAGCAGGAGCAGAAGCAGGUGACUUGACUGCAUUAAAACAAGCUCCAACUGUGCGGCAACGGCGUUAACAACAAAUUUAAUCGGAAGUGGAGGAUAAAUACAGCAACAUCAACUACAAUUGAAACAGCAAAAACAAAAGAUCACCGGUCUAAAGAAACGCAGGAUUAAAAUGUGUGAAUAAGUGUAAUAACCGAAUGAAAAAUAAUACCGAGUUAAUAAUUUAACAAACCAACUAGAGACGACUGUGCACAAAAUAAUAGAAUCGUUGUAUGUAAGCAUCUCAUCCUACAAAGCUACAUAUUUAUUAAAAUAAGCUUCGACCUUCCUACAAAUUCAACAAGAACAACAACUCCGCUUUCUGCUACACCUGCUGCACUGCAUCUGUAAAACGAACGCGUGAGAGUAUACACAGGACUUGGAAACGCACGCCGGUCGCCGUGUACAUACAUACAUAAACGAAUCGAGGAAAAGAGAAUACCAAUAAUAACAUCUAACGAAAGAUGAAUGAACUAGACAGUCUUAGGCAGGAAGCCGAAUCCCUCAAAAAUGCUAUCCGGGACGCUAGAAAGGCCGCCUGCGACACAUCCUUGUUGCAAGCAGCCUCCUCGCUGGAACCCAUCGGACGCAUACAGAUGCGCACCCGGCGUACAUUACGCGGACAUUUGGCGAAGAUCUAUGCCAUGCAUUGGGGCAACGACUCUAGAAAUCUCGUUUCCGCCUCACAGGACGGUAAGCUAAUUGUGUGGGACUCGCAUACUACGAACAAAGUCCACGCCAUUCCACUGAGAUCCUCAUGGGUGAUGACCUGUGCGUAUGCCCCGUCUGGCAGCUAUGUGGCCUGCGGCGGCCUCGAUAAUAUGUGUUCAAUUUACAACCUAAAAACGCGCGAAGGUAAUGUCCGUGUGUCCCGAGAGCUGCCGGGUCAUGGUGGCUAUCUAUCAUGCUGCCGUUUCCUCGACGACAAUCAGAUCGUGACCAGCUCCGGCGAUAUGUCGUGCGGGCUGUGGGAUAUCGAGACGGGCUUGCAAGUCACCUCCUUUUUGGGUCACACUGGAGACGUUAUGGCCCUGUCAUUGGCACCCCAAUGCAAAACCUUUGUGUCCGGCGCCUGCGAUGCCUCCGCCAAGCUCUGGGACAUCCGAGAGGGAGUUUGCAAGCAAACCUUCCCAGGUCACGAGUCGGAUAUCAAUGCAGUUACCUUUUUCCCCAAUGGACAAGCAUUUGCAACCGGAUCAGACGACGCCACCUGUCGACUCUUCGACAUUCGGGCCGAUCAAGAGCUGGCCAUGUACUCCCACGACAACAUCAUCUGUGGCAUCACCUCUGUGGCAUUUUCAAAGAGCGGGCGCCUGUUACUAGCAGGAUACGACGACUUCAACUGCAACGUGUGGGACACGAUGAAGGCGGAGCGGUCUGGCAUACUUGCCGGUCACGACAACCGUGUAUCGUGUCUGGGCGUUACCGAGAACGGUAUGGCGGUGGCAACAGGAUCGUGGGACUCUUUCCUGCGCGUAUGGAACUAAAAACAAAGAGAAGAACUUCAAACUUCAUUAAAAAAAAAGUAAAAAGGGUGGGGGUGGGGUCAACGGUUGCGCAGUCUGCGGCGAUAGUGUUACUGCACCAUUCAUCCAUCUUACAUUGUGAUCUGAUGUAAAUGGCAUGUGAAUGGUGUUGCCACCUUCCCGUGCGUGGUUUAUAUAAAAUGAUGACGGACGAAGACGAAGACGACGUUUUGAAUAUGUGGGUGUGGGCGCAGCUAGUUGACUAGAACGUAGACCACAACAACAAAGAACUUUAUAUACAACAUUAUUUAUAUUGCUAUAUACUUAUUAACUAAAAUUAUACAAAA